AUGUCUGAUGGAGAGGGUUACGUGGUACGUGUGAGAGGCCUACCAUGGUCCUGCUCUGUGGAUGAAGUACAGAGGUUCUUCUCAGGUAAUAACACCUUUACGAUAACACUUGUAUAGCUUGAUACUACACCUUUAUAGCCUACACCUCUCACAGCUGAGAUAACUUUGAGUCCCUCUUCUUGGUAUAUAGAUUGUAAAAUCGCCAACAAUGGCACCAGCAUCCAUUUUACCUCCACACGUGAGGGCCGACCCAGCGGAGAGGCCUUCGUUGAGCUGGAGGACGAGGAUGACCUGAAAAUCGCUGUGAAGAAGGACAGAGAAACCAUGGGCCACAGAUAUGUGGAAGGUGUGUGUGUGUCUCUGUCUCUCUGUGUGUGCGUUUGUGUGUCACUGUCCAAGUCUUCCUGAAGUUUCAAUGUUCGCAGCAGGAGCAUAAUAUGUGCCUUGGGACUUCACUUUGGGCUACAUUUCUCAGCCGUUUACAUUGUGUAGCACUUUCAGUAGUGACUUAGGUCUGUGUGUGAUGACUUGACUUGUAUUUCCUCAGUGUUCAAAUCCAACAACGUGGAGAUGGACUGGGUGAUGAAACAUUCUGGUCCAAACUGCCCAGAGACGACUGGAGACGGCCUGGUCAGACUCCGAGGCCUCCCCUUCGGCUGCAGCAAGGAGGAGAUCGUCCAGUUCCUCUCAGGUACCAGUAACUAGGUCCACAUAAACAGCCCCAUAACAUCCUGUAGGAGUAGGUAGACCGUCCUCAGCCCUCAUCAAUUUUUCAGUCAUUUAGCAGACAGUCUUGUCCAGAGCAACUUACAUUAUACAGGCUAUAGUUUGUCCAGGAUUUCCCCAUCACCUAAGUUCCUCUAUCACUGCUUUGGUCCCAACCAACACUUUUUAAAAUGAAUUAUUCUGUACAAUAAUUUGGCCAAUCAGGGCUGACAUGCUAGUCUCCUCUGUCACUUUCCAUUGACAGUUGUCCUGUGGUGUUUUCCCAUGAACCCACUAUAUCAUAACAAAGAUGUCAUUCAUCCCAUUGGGACAAUUAUAGAAUGGAUGGGUACUAAAGGUAACACAAGUACUGCCAGAGCCACUCCUCUUCAUUCCUUCCCACCUACAGUCUCUUCCUCGUCUGUAUCCUUCUCUCUCUCGCUCUCGCUCUCGCUCUCGCUCACUCUUUCCCCUCUCCUCUCAUCCUCCUUUAUGUUCCCCCAAAUGCAGUAAAAGUAAGUACCAUGAAUGGUCACUUACUCAUUGGUUAAAAACACUCACCUGGUAUGUACAGUACAUGUCAUAAUGUAUAGUUUUCAUUAUAUCUCUCUCUUAAAAAAAAAAAGUAUCUAUCUAUCGUACGAAAUAAAUAAAGAAACAAUAGAGAAAGCUACCUUUCUGUAACUGGGCAUGUGAUUUACUGUGUCCCCCGCUGGGGUUAUCUGUCCUUGGGUUGAAGGGUUGGAAAUCGUGCCAAAUGGGAUUACAUUGCCGGUGGACUUCCAGGGGAGGAGUACGGGGGAGGCCUUCGUGCAGUUUGCUUCACAGGAUAUAGCUGAAAAGGCUCUAAAGAAACACAAGGAAAGAAUAGGGCACAGGUGGGGAUGGUUGGUUGGCUGGCUGGAUAAAGCUGCUUUUCUUAUGGUGUACAACUUACAAACAUUAACCAUACGUAUCACUGACUGACAUUCAACAGAACAGUUCAUUUAAGACAACACAUACUCAGGUAUUGACUGUAAAGACACAUAGUUACAAUAUUAGAUCAGAACACACUGACACUCAUUCACUCACUCACAGCAGUCUUUGGGAAAAUGAAGCACAUUCUCUUGUUCUAAAACCAUUGGGAGAUAGAUCAUAUUCUGAGUUUAGUGCCGAGGUGUCUUGAAAGCUCUCAGGUUCGUCACCAAGUUUGGUUGAGCGAGCAGAGUAAAAAUUACAGUUGAAUUUGGGCAUAUCCAUUUUACCCCAAUUAAGAGUGAAGCUAAUUGGUUCCUGGGCACUAAACAUAAGUACAGGUAGCCAAUAGACAGACAGAUACGAUUCUCCCAGGUUUUCUAACUCACUGAGGGCCAAUCAACAUGAGGACACGGACCCCGCCCACUGUCACUCACAGGUAAUGCUCAGAGAGUGGGUCUCCAUGGAUAACAACAGGACAAUGACCACGACAGGGACACAAUGUAACAGGACACAGAUUGUACUGUAACAUCAAUGUUAACUGUAUCGGGUACCUGCAGGUAACCAUAAGAAAAGUGCCUGUUGUACUGUCAAGGCUUUAUUUUUUCCCUCUCAUACUACACAGUAUACUGUUACCCACUAGAUCAAGUCUCACCUACCUACGGAGCAGUAGUGCCAAUGGCAGCACCUGGCCUGAAUAACCCAACUUUAUCAGUACCCUCAAUGACAAGCAAAUACACAAAAAUGUCAGCUCAGCAACUGAAUAUUGAACACCCAACUUUAUUGGUACCCUUUACAUUUGAACAGACACAUUCAUUCAGCCUUUGGAGCUGUACAGUAGCUAGCUCUAGCCGCCACCUCCUGUGUGUGGUGCGGUCUUCAUGGUGGUGUGUGUACUGUAUGUAUCUCAGGUACAUUGAGAUCUUCAAGAGCAGCCGUGUCGAGGUGAGGACCCACUACGAACCCCAGAGGAAACCUAUGGGGAUGCAGAGACCGGGGCCCUACGACAGACCGUCUGGGGGCCGUGGGUACAACAUGAUGGGGGGCCGAGGAGGGGGCUCCUAUGACAGGGCUAGACGCGGAGGCUAUGGUGGAGGUGUGUGUAAUGUCUACCCAGUCAUGCUCUUCCUAGCACUAUGCACAUUCCUAUCAUGAUGAGAGACGGUAUGAUAUGUCUCCAUGACCCAGACCAGUCUCUCUGUAACUAAGGUGUGUGUGUCUAACUUCAGGUGUCUCUGAUGGGAGGUACGGUGAUAGUAGCUCCUCCUUCCAGAGCACCACGGGUCACUGUGUUCACAUGAGGGGUCUGCCCUACAGAGCCACAGAGACCGACAUCUACAAUGUGCGUUAUAGGAUCUCUUACUAAGAAUGGUCUGUGUGUGAGACGGUGAGUAUAACGUCCUGCUCUCUCUCUCCGUAGUUCUUUUCUCCUCUGAACCCAGUGAGAGUGCAUGUAGAGAUCGGUCCUGACGGCAGAGUGACAGGAGAGGCUGACGUGGAGUUUGCUACACAUGAGGACGCUGUGGCAGCCAUGUCGAAGGACAAGGCCAACAUGCGUGAGUCUGUCAUUUUUUUUUUUUUUUCAUCAGUUUGAGCCGACCACAGCUUCACCCCCCCCCCCCCCCCCCAUAAUCCCUCCUUCUUCCCCCCCCCCCCCCCAUAAUCCCUCCUUCUUCCCCCUCAUCCUCCCCAGCAUUCCUUCCUUAUUUUCCUACCUUAAUAUGAUUAAAUACAUGUGCUAACCAGCUGUCUGUCUUGCAGAGCACCGCUAUGUGGAGCUGUUCCUCAACUCUACAGCAGGGGGCAGUAAUGGCUCGUACGGCAGUCCGAUGCAGGGUGGUAUGGGGAGCCAGUCCUCCUAUAGCAGUGGAGGGCUGAGCUCUGGAUACUCUGGAGGCUACAGUGGCCAAGGCAGCAUGGGAGGUUACAGUGAUUAUAGUGAGUAUCAGCUCUGUAAAACACACACCUGUUCACAUGUACCUCCACCACUGUUGACCAGCCUUCUAUGUCGUAUCUGCGUAUGACCUGAACUAUCAAGCUUUAGAGUGUGUGUGACCUCUGAACUUCUCGGUCCCAUAGUGUGUAUCUCUCUCCUGUCAGGUAACCAGGGCGGUAUGAGCAGCAGUUAUUAUAGCGGCGGUGGAGGAAGCAGGAGUUCCAAUGGCCUGGGGGCAGGAUGGGGGAUGUAGUUCUUUAACCAAGCAUGUGUUCGGCUGGAAGGACUGGAAUUGUAGUUCUUACCUGGAUGUUUUGUUUUAGACCGAUCGUAUUCAUGAUUGAGGCUCCUUUGAAGUAAUGUUGGUAGAAAUUAGAGACAUUUCGUUUUCACCCUCUCCUAUCCUACUGUUAAUGACAUGACUGCAGCGACACAAACUGUUUGGUACUGUUGGAACAAAAACUGACCUUGGGCGGAAUGCUUGUUUCAUCAUCGUUACCAGGAAGUGUGUGUUGUUUUGGUGUUUUAACAAAGAUUCAAAUAACCAACUGUGAUUAUGACCCAGUCUGUUUCUUUAACCCACAGUAGCUCACCUUAUGUUGACCAGAGCUUUUAUUUGACCAUGAAGUGACUGACUGCAGGGUUGGGGUAAACUCUAGUCAAUUCAGAAAGUAAACCAAAUUCCAAUUCCACAUUUUGUUUUAAUUGAAAUGUAAUUGACCCCACCCCUGACUGUUCUGUCUCCCCGAGUGUAUGAACCAACACACCUCUGUAAAUAGUAUUCUAGAUGUUCCUUGUCUUUUCUCCAGUAGGUGCAAAAAUAUGUAGACUUUGUUGAAGUCUGAAACAAUGGUGUGAAGUUAACAUUUUACAUGGUGAACAAAGAGCAUGUUUGAGUUUGUUUUAUAAUGAAGAGUGAUUGUUAUGGGAGGGGUUACGGGGAAUUCUCCAUGAGGGAUGGAUACUUACCUAAUUUAGUUGGCAAACAAACCUUACGUUUUUCUGUUAUAAAGGUUUCUUUCUACUGCCUAUGGGGAAUUUUCUCUUUGUAUUUCUUGUAAGGUGCACAAGAGUGAAUACAAUUUUAAGAUGGAUACAUGUCUGUUUGUCUUGUUUGAGGUGAGUAGUUUCUUAGACAGUCAAGGAGAAACAACACAUUCAGAUACGUUUUUAUUAAAUUAGAUAUCUUUAUAGAAAACAUGCCCCAAUUACCCGUCAGAAAGUGGCUGUUUUAGUAGCACUGGUCACAAUCAAUCCACAAAAUGAUCGUUAUUUAUAUACAUUCUAAAAUAGACCUU